UCACAACACAGCUUCCCGAGCCCAAACUGUCACCUUAAAAUCUCUCCGACCAACACUAAUAUAAUAAAUUUACAUUAAUUUAUACAAAGCACCAGAAAAUCUCAUGCAAAUUGAUUUUUUGAUUUUAGAAAACACUGUUAAAUAUCUUUAAUUACCUGACUAAUAGUUUCAGCACCAGAUUAAUGUCUAACAAACCAGCCCAUCUUACUUUGAGUUAUUGUAUAUUAUAUGAUAAGUUGUAAGCAGCAUUUUACUGAACUUUGACCUGUAGUGGAGUAGACAUAAAAUGCAGCAUAAAAUGCAAAUAUUCAAAUAAUAAGUACAUUUGAGGUAAUGUGUUUACUUGCACCACUGAUAUUAUUUCUAGUUGUAGUCCCGGUCCAGCGGAUUCCACUCCUGAUUUUAGUCUGAACACGUCAUCAGACCACAGCAGCACAGCCCGCACCACCCAGGCCUCUGACAACUGGACUUAAGUAGGUGGUGAUAUCCCACCGACCUAACCCACCCACCAGCCAACCAGCAAGCUUGGCUUUUGUUUACCUGCUUCUCAGGUAGGACGUGAGCAGGGGGCAGGGCCACCCAGCAGGUAGGAGGGAUGCCUGUGGAGGGCGGAAGCAGCAGUGGCUCUGCUUCAGCUGCCCGUCACCCCAAGCAGAAACGCAAGGCUCACAGUUUGUCCAUCCGGCGCACCAACAGCACAGAGGAGAGGCCACCGGGCAUCCAGAGAGGAGACAUGCUGGAGGGACAGGACUCCAAGCUUCCUCUCUCCUUACGGAACAAUCUUCUCGACCUUUUUGGCCAAAUCGAGCGCGAGUUUGAAAAUCUUUACAUUGAAAACCUUGAAUUGCGCCGGGAAAUCGACUCUCUGAAUGAGCGUCUGACUGGAGAUGGACAGACGAUUGAGGGAGGAGACCCCACCAAGGGAGCCCUGAAAACAAAAGCCAGCCACAGCACCAGUCAACUGUCACAGAAGCUGAAGACGACCUACAAAGCCUCCACCAGCAAGAGCUUGUACACUUUCCACGGCAAAAUAGGUGGACCUCGCAACUUCAGUGUGGCCACAUGGGAGUUGUGGGGCGGAGAUUCAUGGAUUGUGUCCAGUUUCAAAGCCACCACAGGAUCCCGGGCUCUGUGCCAGCUGCUCAAGGAGUAUGUUGGCCACCGGGACGGGAUCUGGGACCUCAGCGUCACCAGAACUCAGCCGGUGGUCCUGGGCACUGCCUCUGCAGACCACUCAGCUCUGCUGUGGAGCAUAGAGACUGGCAAAUGUCUGCUUAGGUAUGCCGGUCAUGCAGGAUCAGUCAACUCCAUCAAGUUCCACCCCACAGAGCAGAUGGCCCUCACAGCCUCCGGGGACCAGACGGCUCACAUCUGGCGCUACAUGGUGCAGCUUCCUGCCCCCCAGCCGCCACCAGAUGUCAGCGCCCCAUGUGAUGACGACCAGGACUCAUCAGACAGAGAGGAAGGUGAGGUGGAUGGCGAGGGCCCGUGCGAGGUCCCCACGGUCCGGGUCGCCACAGCCACCCUGAAGAGCCACCAGGGUGUGGUUAUUGCAGCUGAUUGGUUGGUUGGAGGUCGACAAGUGGUGACAGCUUCUUGGGAUCGUGCUGCCAACCUGUAUGAGGUGGAGACGUCUGAACUGGUUCACACACUUACUGGUCAUGACCAGGAGUUAACCCACUGCUGUACCCACCCCACCCAGCGGCUGGUGGUCACCUCAUCCAGAGACACCACCUUCAGACUAUGGGACUUCAGAGACCCGUCCAUCCACUCUGUCAACGUCUUCCAGGGACACACUGACACGGUGACGUCAGCGGUGUUCACAGUGGGCGACAACGUGGUUUCAGGGAGCGACGACCGCACCGUCAAAGUGUGGGAUUUGAAGAACAUGAGGUCGCCUAUAGCAACCAUCCGCACUGACUCAGCUGUGAACAGGAUAAGCGUCUCCGCCAACCAGAGGAUCAUCGCUCUGCCACACGACAAUCGACAAGUGCGACUGUUUGACAUAAGCGGAGUGAGGCUGGCCAGACUGCCACGCAGCAACAGAAUGGGUCACAGGCGUAUGGUGUGUUGUACGGCGUGGAACGAAGAGAACCAGUCAUGCAACCUGUUCACCUGCGGCUUCGACCGACAGGCCAUCGGCUGGAACAUCAACAUCCCCGCACUGCUGCAGGAGAAGUGAAGCCACUGACACACACACACACACACACACACACACACACACACACUCAUAGACACAUAUACACACAUACAGUAACACGCAGUGAAGUAGGUGACUGACCAGAAUCUAUCCAUGUAUAUACAAUAUGGUACAAAUAAACACUGUAAUCUGUGGCCCUCGUACAUGCUCGUGUGAUUUUAGUGUUUACCCUGUGAUGUGUUUCACAGCCUCACAGCAUCUGAAGCUGUGAAACACAUCAUUCAAAUCACAGUUAGUGUUGUUUUUCAGGAUGCAGUAUCAAUUGAUAAGAGCAUAUUAUCCUCCAGAUUAAUUUAUUAUUUCUCAUUGUGCACAUGUGCAGCUGAAGCCUGCAGAACGUCUCCCGGUGUUAAAGUGACUGAUGUGGUUCCAACAUUUUAAAGUGCGAGUGUGUACGAGGCCACAGAGCUGCUCUUCCGUAUGUGAGCCCUUCACUUAUUUAGCAUGGGUUGUGAAUUGUGACACUUUCUGUUUAACAGUAUAUAUCUGACUCUACAGUCACAGGCUGCUGUUCACAUCACUGCUGUUUAGUUACUGCUGAGUGGAAGCUGUUGCAUGUCGAUGAACUUGGUUUGUGAAUGUUACUUUGAACAAUUAUUAAGGCCAGGACAGUUUGUAGAAUAUGAUUUAAAGACAUUCUGUAUAUAUGAAGUUGUGGCCUGAUAAAGUGACCUGUGCUGCAGGUUGUUGCUUGUUAAUGGAUUACUGUUUCCACCUUCUGAGGGUGGAGCUCGGAGAAGAUGACAGAUGAGUUCUGUGAAAUGUUUUUAUCCUUUUAGUUAAAUGUGGAUUUUCUUUCUUUUCAUGGAGCAAAACAUAUCAUGUUCAGUCCUGCGAGUUGUCUUAAAAUGUGUCAAACAGGAGCUGCUGUCCUGUCUGAAGCUGUUCACUGAUUGAGAUGUGAGUCUUUGCCUAGAACCUUUGAUGCUUUCAAUUCACAGCCAGCCUCCAUAUUUAAUAUUUCAGACUUAUGAUACUGUAACUCUGCCUUGUUCCAUGUUUACAGUAGGUUUCAUUUUUUUAAGUAUUCUGCCUUUCUGUCAGGAUGCAAAGUGUCAAGAGCAUAGCAAUAAUAACAGGAAAACAACUGCACUUCUGCCGCUUACAAAUCCUCUAGAGGUCUCUGAAUGGGAUGUGUUCUACAUAGUCAUGAUAUAGUACAUGUUGCAGGUGUAGGUGUCCAUAAUCUGCCUCCAUAUGUCCUUGGUGUUAGUGAACUACAGACCCAUCCUCUUAAGCCUGUUGCCAACUCAGAGCCCUGUGUUGCUGUGAUGUGUGAUCCCCAAGUGAAUUAUUCAGUAACAGCCUGUUCAUAUCAAGUUAUAGUGUUUACACUUUGCCUUGUACGACCUCUCGCACCUUUUGUUGUAGAUGAAGCUUUUCAGUGUGUGAGAAGCUCCUUUUUUCCAAAAACAGAAGCAAUAACCCAGCUGGAUGUUUCUGCUCCUCAGAGUGAAGCCCAUUUCUUUCCUUUGAAACCAGUGAAUAAGACCUGACGUACACACUGAAUCUCAGUCUGAGAAUAAAAUAGUAACUCACUUGGAACUGGGCUUGACCUGAGUCCAGGAAACUCUUUACUUGUUACACUUGUGCAAUAUCCUAAACAUGAAGUCAUUGCUGUAGUUUUUGAUCUUCAGAUGUUUAACUUAUUUCAGUGCUGUAAAUCCAAGAAGAUGAUUUAUUGUACUUGUGUGACUGGUGUAGCUGUAGCUCAGUGUAUAUAGGUAACAAGCUUAACUGACCCCAGAGUUGUCUUCAGACGACACUUCACUGCUGUUUCUACCAACAAUAGAGCCGGGAUGGAUUUUUGAAGUAGCAUGAACCUAAAAAUGUAAUGAACUUAUAGAAAUGCCUUACCAUUGCAUUGAAAAUGGUGCAUUAGCCUUAUCCAUCUGAGCAUCAAUGCACUUUUCCAAAUGCUUGUUAAAUAACUAAUUGUGUUCCACUGCUCAGAGCAGAUAGGAUUUUUACUCCUGGUUCAUUCAGGGAACUCAAUCUUAGCACCCACUAGUAUCAGUGUCAUUUUAAUCUGCAGGUAGAAAGGCGAGUCCGAUUUGUGCCCCACAUAUGAAUUCUAACUUGGAGGAAAUAUGAUUUUGGGAUUGAUACAUUAAAUUACCGCGUGCCAGAUUGGAGGAGUAAAAAAAAGUGGAUAGGCUUCGCUUCAUUGUGGCGAAUCAUAUUCACUUCAAACUUCAUUAUGUGAUCUACUUUGCAUACUUUAUUGUGACGGGUACGUGCUCUCUGACACUUUCCAAUAAAAACGUGUGAUUUCCUUU